GCGGCGUCACUUCCGCCGCCGCCCCCGGUGGGGAGCGCUGUGGCGCCACUUCCGCCCUCUCUUCCGGUGGGGAGCCCUGCAGAGCGCCGCGGCCGCAGCCAUGUCUCUCGUCAUCCCCGAGAAGUUCCAGCACAUCCUGCGGGUGCUGAACACCAACAUCGACGGGCGGCGGAAGAUCGCCUUCGCCAUCACCGCCAUCAAGGGCGUGGGGCGCCGCUACGCGCACGUCGUGCUGAGGAAAGCCGACAUCGACCUCACCAAGCGGGCGGGCGAGCUCACGGAGGACGAGGUGGAGCGAGUCAUCACUAUCAUGCAGAACCCGCGGCAGUACAAGAUCCCCGACUGGUUUCUCAACAGGCAGAAAGACGUUAAGGACGGGAAGUACAGUCAGGUGUUGGCCAACGGGCUGGACAACAAACUGCGCGAGGACUUGGAGAGGCUGAAGAAGAUCCGGGCGCAUCGAGGCUUGCGUCACUUCUGGGGGCUGCGCGUGCGAGGCCAGCACACGAAGACCACCGGCCGCCGGGGCCGCACCGUGGGCGUCUCCAAGAAGAAGUAACCCGCGGCCGGCACGUAAUAAAGCACCGUUUCUCAUA